CUGACAUUUUGUUUGCGUUUUUGUUUUGCAUUCCGGCAAAGUUGAUGUUGAAAUUUCAUAACUUUAAUGAAAUCCCAGAAUGCCGAACAGUGCCAAAAAGACCGAGGCUACACGGAGCAAUAGCUCGACGCCCCGUAGGCCGCGGAAGCGACGGCGCGGCGAGCGCCAGAGCCUAGACUCGCAGGUGGAUGAGGACGCCAAGGAAAUUGACCGCCGGCUCCGGAAAGUGGCCAGAGAUAACUCUAUUAGCAGUGAGGACAUGCACAAGGUGGUGCGGAGUGUGGUGCGCAAUGAUCACGUCUUGGCCCUGGUCACCCUAAAAGCGGAGGAUGAGCUGGCGCGCGAGAAGAAGCUGGAGACGGCGGAUCAGCAGAAACGGGGAGCAAUCAUCAUUACGGACACUCCGUCCGUGCCCAAGCUGACUCGAGCCAAAGCCCGGGAGCUGAACUGCGCGACGGGCAUUCUGGCUCACCUCAACGAAACGCCAUCAGAUGCGGAUGGCAUAGAAGCUCUGAUACGCGAAGAUUUGCAUUCCGACGAGGAUGAUGAGGAGUACACCUUCAAGGAGGAUGACUUCCAUUCCGAUGAUGAUCCCAACACCACAGCCUCGGAUUUCGACUCAAAUCCGUGCACACCUCAAACCCCAAUCACUGCGGCUGAAGAAUCGCCGGUUAAAUUCUCCGAUGACGGUUGUUUUAAGCUGCCAUUCGAUAAGAAUGUGAUGGACAAUGAGGAUCUACGUAUAGCCACGAGAACGCGUUCCAAGCUGUGUCUGCAGCAGACUACCAUCGAGGAUUUGCAGUCGGAAUUCGUGCCACCCGACCUGGAGCCAAGCGAUGUGGUGGAAAACGAAAUGACCGCCACCGAUGCGGACUGGAUGCAGUUCCUAAAUGACUUUACGAAGCCCUUAAACAAAACCCUUCUGGGCGAUGAUGAUGAUCCCAUCAACGAUCCGGAGUAUGUGGCCGCUGAUCAUUUGGAAUCGGAGUACGAGAAUGCCGAGGAGCUGCGCGAUGUCAAUAUAUCCAAAAAGGAGUUGACCGACCUGGUGUCUGAGCUCUUUGCUGGCUUGCUGCAGGAGGGAGUGUCCCUGGAGUCCGUGGAGCUAGAAACUCCGCAGAAAUUCGUCGAAAGCGCCAAUGUCUCAAUGAAUCCCAUCGAUCAAGUGUCUCGGCAAAUCGAUUUCGAGGGUCAGGUUGUGAUAAAUGGACAUCAGGAGGAGCUGCAGGUCUUUCAGCCAAAUGUCUUAGCUGCUCCCUGCAAUGUUGGCAACAUGGGAAUGGAAAUGAUGCCGGUUCCCGUGGCAGUGAUGCAGGAGGGCCAUCUGCAAAUGGGUCCGGGUGGAACGCCCUCCAAGGUGGUGAACAUACCAAGCGAUGCUUUGAGUGUGCCUCCAGAACUGAUUGCCGUUCCAAUGCCGGGACAACCCAAUUGCUUCCAACUCGCCAAAGUCGUGAAUGAUGAUUCAACGGUUUUCAAUGCUUCUCUAAUGAAUAAUACAGCCCAGGAUGCCACCAUUAAGCCAAUUCAAGCCCCCACACCCAAGAAAAAUAAUGCAGAACGCUAUAAAAAACCCUACGACACCAACUUCACUUGGGAAUACAUCUCAGUGAAGAAGCAUGUUUACGCCGAGUAUGAAGAACAGUUUGAGAAUCUGCGCCAUGUUCAGCCAGUUAACUAUCAUCACCUAACCAGGAGCAGGGGCUUUACUCAAGCCCAGUACGACAUGCUCCAGCAACAGCUAAGGAUUCACACUCAGCUACUAAGCCAAAGCUUUCUGCAAACCUACUCGCAUCCCAACCUGUACCACAUGGCAGCCAAGCCUAAAGAAAUGCUGGAGGAACUUCAUCAAAAGGCCAACAAAAACGCUAGUUUUAACUGCUGGAACUUGAGGGAAGCCGUCCAAUUGGUCAGACAGUGGGAGCACGAUCUGUGCAGUGAGGAGUGCGAGGCGGAAAACACCAAGAUGAUGGAGUUCAUCAACAAGGAAACGGAUUUGACCGAUGGUCACACGCGACAGGUGCCGAGGCUAGCCCCUCGUAUCAUGGAUCUCAUGCUGGACAGUCGGGUUUUCAUGUAUCCGCAGUACCUGCCACGCAUGGCUUUCCAGCCCAAACUGACCCAGAUCUCAGCCUAUGCCCCAUCCGAGUAUCAGCUCAUUGCCAUGGGUCUGGAGAAGCACAUGGCAGCCAUUACUAAUUUAAAAAAACCACUGCGAAAGGGCGCCGAUCCUAUACGCAUUGCCUGCAGGCGAAUGGCCAAGGAUACGAUUUGUGAGAAGACAGACCGUCGAAUAUUCAUGAAGAUCACAGAGCUGCGCGCUUCGGAUCAGUAUAAUCCCGUGAAAUAUUUCCUGGAUCGCGAGCGAGCACCGCCCGUGAGUAACAACGUCCUUUGGAGCUUUGAAGGCGGAUUGGUGAGGACGCCUCGGGAACGUUACCAGGAGCUGCCCAGCGGCUGGCAAUACUACAUACAGAAAUCCUGGGAGGAAAAGCGCACCCGCCGCCCCUGGAAAGCAGCAAAAGCCUCUGCGGACGCCAGUGCCUCGUAUUUGGAGUUUGUGCGUGAGGCGGUCGGCGAGGAUUUGCCAUUGCCCGAGAAUCUAGGCCAGGCUGCGGUCCCCGAUGGCAGCGCCGCUGGUUCGGAGCUGCCAAAUGAUAGCAAACCGCAUAAAAACGCAGCGAAGAGGAAGUCCUGCGCCAAGGAGCAGCCCUCGAACCUCACCAUCAACGUCAAUUAUGUGUUUGGAGGUGUUGCGGACGCAAGAAGCCUAAACGCAGUCUCCGGAGUCUCGGUGCCUUUUCUGUCCGGCGGAAGUUUGGCGGAAAAUGUACUGAAUAUCAAUCGCAACCUACACACCAGCGCCGAGUGCAGUGGCCUCUUGGCCUUGCCUCCUCCCCCACCUCAGUUGGAUGACGAUGCUCCGCCAGCCAUAAAUUUCAGGGUAGAUGAGUUGACUCACACGCUGCAGAUCAGCGAAUUGCAAAAUUCUGUCGAGGACAUACAGCAAGAUCUGUUGCCUACGCAGGAUACCAGCGCCACCUCCUCAGGUAGAACCUCCCAGAGAAGGGCGCGUUACCAGAUUUUUAAGCCAAAGGUUAAAUCCGCCAAUAAAUCGCGAAGGGGAUCAACGCCAAGCCGCAGUCGCUACCACAAGUUGCGCGAACGUUUGCGCCAUAAACUGCGCAAGCGCUGCCACUCGCUGAUCACGUCCUACGGAUCCUACCUGCAGAAGCGUAAGGAUAGAUAUAUAGACUGCGCGCCAGUACAGCGUGUGUACAGACGUAUUCUGGCCCUCGAACUGUACACACAACUGCUGGUCGACCUCAAGAUGUUCUGUAGCAGCAACAAACCGCCGACUGCAACGCAGCCCAAGAGAUCGCGAGCCGAUGAUGAGGCGGCCAAGAUCAGGAAGGCAAAUCGUCAAGAGGAGAUUCUACGGCAUAUGCUGCAGCCGGAUUCGCCAGAGGAGCGCAAUCGCAAGGAUGCCAUUUUCGCCUUGAAUUUUUACGAUAAAGUGGAGGAGGCCCUGUUGAAUGCCGAUCGAUUGGAGGAUUGCAGGAAGUUCAACAGUCUUUUGCAGAACUUUGAUCCAAAGCUGGAGAAAGUCUCUGACCUAUAUCUCAAAGUGGAACAGAUCCUGCUGCCCGAUCUGCCCGAGCUGGCUGAGGUCUUUCUCAAUUUCCUGCUACCUGCGGAGGCGGCUGAGAUCGGGAAAUUCUUCCAGCACUUUAUGAUCAGCAAUGCCGCCAACUUUAUCAACAAACUGAACAUAUACUUUUGCAAGCAACCAGCCCAGAUCCGUAAGAUCUAUGCCUGCCUCAGCGAACUGGCCGAGCUGCCAAAUGUUAGCAUGAAAAAGGUUGAGAACAAGAUAAUGCCCUUGCUCAAGGGCAAUCAGUUUCUGUGCGAUUGGUUUGUGCAGCAAUUUCCCCAGGGCAAGCCCCCCAAAAGAAUCCUCUCUCCUGUGGAGACCAUAAACCUGCAUGAUGUGCAGAACAACACCACCGGUGAAUAUACGGAAAUGAUUCAGGAGUUCAUCGAUGUCCCAGCGCCAAGUAAACCUGGCUGUCACAUAAAGUACAUCAAUGGACGGAUCUUCUACGGUGCCAAGAUCUUACUGCCGGCCAAGCUUUCCUUUAUGGCUGCCAGUAUUUACAAUGAACAAUCCCACGAUAUGCCAUCCGUGUCCAGCGAAUCUCUGACCUGUGCCCAUGGCAUUCGGGGCCAGGGCGAGAAGCUGCUCAGCAUGGCAGCUAAUGCGGAUAGCGACGAUGCUGCGGAUCGGAGCGAGGAGGAUGAUCCCAGUCGCGCCUUGAUCAUAGAUACAACGGGCGAUGAGCAGAAUAGCUGCUCAAGCAUCGAGAUGUGCGACGAGGCGGGCUUGAGGGCCCAUGCGAUUCGAUUAAAUGCCAGUUUAUAUACCAAUUCUAGCUUUAGUAAUGCAGCCACCAGUACGCCCAACGUGGGUCACUCUCAUGGUCAUCAUCACCAUCCGAAUGCCAAGAAAACUGCCAUUAAUUUUGGGGAAAUAUCGCCGCGCAAGCAGUCGGCGCUCAAUAACUCCGGCUUGAGUCCUCUGCCAGCCAUGCCCAAUAACUCUCCGCAUGUGGACAAGCGGAAGUCGCCCAGCAAGAAGGUGCGAUCCCCAUCCAAUCAAGCUCAGGGCCGGCAGCGGUCCAAUAACCAACCGAUGGUCGUUAUCCACGAGUCGAAGCCUUCAUCUUCGCCAGCCAUCGAGUGCGCGAAGCGUUUGCGAACUUUGAUAGACCAGGAAAGUGUUCGGGAUGCGGCGGACACGAAGGCGGGAAUAAGGGUUAUUGCGCAGGCUAAGCAUACAGCUUCACCUCGCUGCAGUCCUGCCGUUGUUGCCAAAGUCGAGGCGGAGAGCCUGGAGGAGAGUGGGGAGCCUGAGUUAUCUACCCCUCUCAAGAUGGACCUGGAUCAAUCGGAGGAGGAGGAGCUGGAGCCACUGCAAGUGAGUGGUGGCAGUACGCCUCAGCACGUGAUCACCACACAGUUUGAUAGCGACGAAGACUGCAAACUAGAUGUGGUGGCGACGCUGGCCAGCUGCAGUCCAACCGGGGAUCAACCAACUACAGCCUCUGCGGCCAGCUCCUCAAAGGACGAGUCUACUAGCUCCCACUCGGCUCCCUGGACCCGGGAAGAGGACAAGGUAAUCCUCAUCGAGAUGAAGCUAGGGGCGCGCGAUCGAGAGCAGCUUAUCCGGCGAAUAUGCGCCAAGCUCUUGCAUCGCAGCAUUGGGGAGAUACGAGGAAGGCACCAGUUCCUCAUGGAUUUUCUAUCCAAACUGCAGGGAAAGUAAGUUUUUAUUUAAAACUUCUGUCUGUAAAUAUAACUUAAGUUGUCAAAGGUUAAUUUUAUAACGAGGGCUUAAGGAAAUUCAUAUUUUUAAGAGACCUUUAACCAUAGUUUCAAUGAAACCGUUUACAAUAUUUUGUCGCCUAACUGAAUGGAAAAACAAGGAAUAUUUGAAUUAUUAUUUAAGAAAUUCUAGGUGCUCAGGCAUUAAACUAAUGCAUUAAGUUCUCAAAAAAGUAUAUAAACCUUACUUAAGUGUCUAAAAAGAAUAAUUUAUUCUAAGAACCAUGUACAUAUGAAAUAUUAAAUGUUUUAAAUAACGUUGAAAAGAAA